AUGACGGGCAAAAGGAAGGACAGAGAACCUACCAUACAGAAUGAUUCCUCAAAUGGAGUGACAGAUGACGUGGGUGAUUUAUUACUGGAACAUCUGUCUGGCGAUGAGGAAAGUGGUGACUCCACAGACUCUGAGGAGAGCGUGUAUUCUGGGCUGGAGGAGGAAGAAACAUCCUCCAGUGAGAAUGAGAAUCAGAAGAUGGCGGAGAAUUCUGAUGAGGACGAGAGUGAUGUGAGUGAGGAGCAGCAGGAGGAGGAUGACAAGGACAAAGAUGAGAAGGACACACCAGGGACUAGUACAACAAUACAGAAGACAUAUGACGAAUAUGAGCAUGACACGUCUGAUGAAGAGGACAUUAGAAAUACGGUAGGAAACAUACCGAUGGAAUGGUACAGAGAUUUCAAACACAUUGGCUACACAGUUGAUGGCAAAAAGAUCAUCAAACCGAAAAAGGGAGAUGAGCUGGACAACUUCCUUAAAAGAAUGGAUGACCCAAAUUAUUGGAGAACAGUGACCAAUGAAAUGACAGGACAGGAUAUCCUCCUCAGUGAGGAGGAUUUGAGGACCAUCCAGAGGAUACAGGCAGGCAAAUACCCAUCUUCUUCGACGGAGACCUACGAGCCGUGGGUUGAUUUCUUCAGUUCUGAAGUCAUGAUUCAUCCUUUGACAAAUAGACCAGAGCACAAAAGAAGCUUUAUUCCUUCAAAAUGGGAGAGGUUAAAGGUUGGUCAAAUGGUGCAUGCGCUUAAAAUGGGAUGGAUGAAACCCAGUUCUGAGAAGAAGGAAGAAGAUAAUGAACCGAAGUAUUACCAGCUGUGGAAGGAUGAUGAAGAAACUGAGAUUACCAGGAGAUACAGACAGCACAUCCCUGCCCCCAAGCUGUCCCUGCCGGGCCAUGAGGAGUCCUACAACCCACCCCCGGAGUAUCUGUUCACCAAAGAAGAGGAAGACGCAUGGAAAGAGAAAGAGCCAGAGGAAAGAAGGAUCAACUUCAUCCCUCAGAAGUACUCUUCUCUGCGCCUGGUGCCAGCCUACUCGCGAUUUAUAAAUGAGCGGUUUGAGAGAUGCCUGGAUCUGUAUCUCUGCCCUCGUCAGCGAAAAAUGAGAAUGAACGUCAAUCCUGAUGACCUCAUUCCUAAGCUGCCUAAGCCGCGGGAACUACAGCCCUUCCCUACCACCCAGGCUAUGGUGUAUGAGGGUCACAGUGACAUGGUUAGGUGUAUCAGCGUGGACCCCUCAGGCCAGUGGCUCGCCUCAGGUUCAGAUGACCAGACAGUCAGGUUGUGGGAAAUCGCCACUGGGCGCUGUAUGAAGACGCUGAAGCUAGGGGGUGUGGUGAAGAGCCUAACCUGGAACCCCAACUCCUCAGUCUGCCUCAUUGCUGUUACUGUGGAAUCAUCGGUAAUUUUACUGAACCCACAUCUAGGAGACAAACUGUUGUACACAGCGACGGACAACAUGCUGGCAAACUUCACCAAGGAGGAGGAGGAGCCUAAUAAAGCCCCGCCCACCACCUGGACCAGAUGUACUGGGGAGGAGUAUGAGAGCGGGCUGAGGUUACGAGUGAUGCACCCUAAGGAUGUGAAGCAGGUGACGUGGCAUGGCAAGGGAGACUACUUUGCCUCGGUGAUGCCCCAGGGAGAGAGCAUGUCUGUUCUUAUCCAUCAGCUAUCAAAGCAGCGAUCUCAGAACCCAUUCAGCAAAUCCAAAGGACUGGUCCAGUGUGUUUUGUUCCAUCCAAUCAGACCAUUUCUGUUUGUAGCCACCCAACGCUAUGUUCGUGUGUAUAAUUUACUGAAGCAGGAGUUAUCCAAGAAACUGAUGACCAACUGUAAAUGGGUGUCCAGUAUGGCCGUUCACCAUGCAGGUGAUAAUGUAAUUGUGGGAAGCUACGACUGCAAACUGAGCUGGUUUGACCUGGACUUGUCCACAAAGCCAUACCACACCUUAAGGCAUCACAAGAAAGCUCUGAGGCAGGUUGCCUACCACAAAAAGUAUCCUCUGUUUGCCUCUGCCUCUGAUGAUGGAGCUGUUAUUGUAUGCCAUGGAAUGGUAUACAAUGAUCUGUUGCAGAAUCCUUUGAUCGUACCUGUGAAGGUGUUAAGAGGUCACCAGACCAGUAAAGGCCUCUCUGUGUUAGACUGUGUGUUCCACCCCUCACAGCCUUGGGUGUUCUCAAGUGGGGCAGACACAACCAUAAGACUCUUCACGUGAUGGAGCUCACAAAGACUUGCAGACAGGCGGUGGCCUGUUACCUUGGUUACAGAUGAGAUAAUGAAUGGUGGCUUACUGCCAUGAUUACAUAUGAAAUCAAGGGCUCAUGGCCUGUUACUUUUGCUUACAAAUGAGUUCAUCAGCGAUAGCCUGUUGCCUUGGUUACAGAUGAGAUCAUAAGUGAUGGCCUGUUGUCUGGCUUAAAGAUGAGAUCAUAAAUGGUGGCCUGUUACCUUGGUUACAAAUGAGGUUAUAAGUGAUGGCCUGUUACCCUGGUUACAGAUGAGAUCAUGAGUGAUGGCCUGUUACUUGGUUACAGAUGAGAUCAUGAGUGAUAGCCUGUUACCUUGGUUACAGAUGAGAUCAUGGAUGGUGGCCUUGUACCUUGGUUACAGAUGAGAUCACAAGUUAUGGCCUGUUACCUUGGUUACAGAUGAGAUCAUGGAUGGUGACCUUGUACCUUGGUUACAGAUGAGAUCAUGGAUGGUGACCUUGUACCUUGGUUACAGAUGAGAUCAUGAGUGAGUUAUCAUGGUUGCGAAUGAGGUGACAUUUUGUGUACAUGUACUGAACUGUACUGUGAUAGUGAUUAAAGACUUGCAAACACUAACCUAUUGUUGAAACAGAAUAAUUUCAGAGUAGCCUGGAGCCACAGUGAAUACGCUGUCUGACAUUGAGAACAAAUGACAAGCGAUGUCCCCAUAUCGGACAGUGAGUGGUAGUAUUGGUUGCAUGGUUGGUCAGUGAAAGGAUGCGCAAAUAUCCGGUACCUGUUACGGACAUAUCACUGAAUAUCUGUGUUUCAAAUCUAUCUGUGCCUUUGUAGCUUAUCAGUGUAGCAUAUGGAAUGUGUCAGACUGCAUUCCUUCAUGCGCAGUCAGAUGUGGAGGCAUAUAUUCAGUCAAGUUAUCAGAAGGCUUUCUGGAUGGCUACAUUUAAAAUCUCUUAUUUUUAUUUGAUUGAUGUCUCUGACAGCACAGUUCUGACAUUGUGAAUUGAGAAUAGGAAAUAAAGAAGUCAGGGGACAGUACUCUGAGCGUCUCAAUACAUGGACACGCUUGUAUGAUGGUUGCUUGCUGAUGUGUUUAUAAAGGCUGAAGAUCAGGUUUCAUACAAAGUGAUGAAUAAGUAACUAUGUCAGGUUUCAUCCCAAGUGAUGAAAGAGUAACUAUGUCAGGUUUCAUCUCAAAUGAUGAAUGAGUAACUAUGUCAGGUUUCAUCCCAAGUGCUGAAAGAGUAACUAUGUCAGGUUUCAUCUCAAAUGAUGAAUGAGUAACUAUGUCAGGUUUCAUCCCAAGUGAUGAAUGAGUAACUAUGUCAGGUUUCAUCCCAAGUGAUGAAAGAGUAACUAUGUCAGGUUUCAUCUCAAAUGAUGAAUGAGUAACUAUGUCAGGUUUCAUCCCAAGUGAUGAAAGAGUAACUAUGUCAGGUUUCAUCUCAAAUGAUGAAUGAGUAACUAUGUCAGGUUUCAUCCCAAGUGAUGAAAGAGUAACUAUGUCAGGUUUCAUCUCAAAUGAUGAAUGAGUAACUAUGUCAGGUUUCAUCCCAGGUGAUGAAUGAGUAACUAUGUCAGGUUUCAUCCCAGAUGAUGAAUGAAUAACUAUGUCUCUACAGGUGAACAAUGCAAACAGUUCCCACAGAUCUACAUACAUAUUUGUUCCAUUUGUCAUUUAAUAUGGAGUUUUGUCUACAUAUAUACACAAGUUCAGUUUCAUGGUUGGAAUUUAAAUAAAGACAUGAUGCUGGUUGACCAUUUCAGUAGAUGGAGUUUUUGUUAUGUGGACGCUGGGUAAGCCAGUUCUAGCUGAGUCUUUGACAUGCUGGGGGUUGCUUACAAAGACUGACCUGCUGGACAAUGUAAGAUGAGACUGUGAACUUGUGUAUCAUGUACUUGUUUACAUUCAGGCUUUAUAUGAGAAAUUACAAGGGCUUCAUGAAGAUA